AUGCACUUUACUACAGUAUUCGCUCUUAAGCUCUCAGCUUUCGUUGCAGUUGCCACAGCCUUGCAAAUUACCAGUGACAAUCCAGCAUUCCCAGCUGCCGGCAGGAAAGGUUGUAUCACUGCGUCCUCCAACGCCCCAGGUGCUCCCGUCAUCAUUCAAGACUGCGGCGCCGCGGGAGUCUCUGAGCAAAACUGGAGUGUCGCGCAGAGUUCUGCACCUCAGCCACUCAAGGUUCUCGGUGACAAGUGUUUGGACGUAAUUGACGGCAACAACGCUGAUGGUACCAAACUCCAAAUCUGGACCUGUAUCCCCGGAAACACGAACCAGCUUUUCAUUUCUGCCUCUGACUCCACCUACCAAUGGGCCGGAACUAACAAAUGUAUCGACCUCACCGACGGCAACAUCAGUAACGGAAAUCAGCUACAGAUUUGGACCUGCGACUCGAAAAACUCCAAUCAGAGGUGGACUCCGGCCAUUUCCGUUGGCUCUCCUCCUCCGAGGCAACUAGCCCGACUCGUGGCAAGCGGAGCGGGUCAACACGCAGCCUCUGUUUGCAUGGGAGCAACUUCCGAUACCGAUGGUUCUACUGUCACACUUGCCUCGUGUGGCGACUCGAACGCCGUCAACUGGUUCCUUCCCCCUCAGGGAGCUAACCCAAAUACACUCACCGGCGACAUUUUGCAUCCUCUGAUCAGCACGACCAAAUGCCUCGACGUUCGUGGCGGAAAUUCGACCAACGGGAAUUUACUCCAGAUUUGGUCGUGCACAGAUGGGAACACGAAUCAGUGGUGGCAGGUUAAUAAGCCGGAGAAUUCGACGACAGUUACGAUUUCGUGGGUUGGAAAGAACAAGUGUGUGGAUGUGAAAGACGGUGUUUAUACUGUUGGUACUGAACUUCAAAUUUGGGACUGCGACCCGAGUAAUGUCAACCAGUUAUGGUCCAUUGUCGACAAGUCGUAA